AUAAAUCUUUACCCGGCGAGGAAUUUUUCGUCGCCGCUAUUGCAUUUUUCACUUGUCUUUUUUCUUUUUGUUCCGGUGGGAGGCGUAUUAGAUCAUGGCGGCGGAAAGGAUGGCGGCGACUUCGUCGGCGGUGGCUCUGUAUGUCGGGGAUUUGCAGCCGGACGUGACGGACGGCGAUCUCGUCGACGCGUUCUCGGAGUACAACGUCGAUUCUGUUCGGGUCUGCCGCGAUUCGUCCACGAGACUGUCUCUCUGUUACGGAUACGUCAACUUCCUCUCUCGUCAGGAUGCUGUCCGUGCUAUUGAGGAGAAAAAUCAUUCAUCAUUGAAGGGGGGACUUAUAAGGGUUACGUGGUCGCGUCGUGAUCCUUAUGCAAGAAGAAGUGGAAUUGGAAAUGUCUUUAUCAAGAAUCUGAGUGACUCAAUCGAUUGCGUGAAGCUCCAAGAAAUGUUUCAGAAGUUUGGUAAUAUAUUAUCAUGCAAAGUUGUCACUUCUGAUGAUGGAAAAAGUAAAGGAUAUGGCUUUGUCCAGUUUGAAUCUGAAAGCUCUGCGGAAGCUGCAAUUGAGAACCUCAAUGGGUCAACUAUUGAAGGCAAACAAAUGCUUGUGGCUAAGUUUAUGAAGAAGAGUGACCGAGCCAAUCCUAGUUAUGAAGAGUACACGAAUCUGUAUGUGAAGAAUUUGGAUACAAGUUUCUCUGAAGAAGUCCUCAGGGAGAAGUUCUCUAAAUAUGGAAAAAUUGUAAGCUUAGUCAUAUCGAAGGAUGAGAAUGGCGCAUCUAGAGGAUUUGGGUUUGUCAACUUUGAGAACCCCGAUGAUGCCAAACGUGCAGUGGAGGCUUUCAAUGGAUCAAAACUUGGCUCAAAGGUUUUGUAUGUCGCCCGGGCACAGAAAAAAUCUGAACGAGAUGAAAUCCUACGCCGACAAUUUGAGGAGAAAAAGAAGGAAUGGCGCCUCAAAUACCAGGCAUCGAAUGUCUAUGUGAAGAAUAUUGGCGAUGAUGUUACAGACGACGAGCUGAAGGAACAUUUUAGCAGAUGCGGCACAGUUACGUCAGCAAAGGUUAUGCGAGAUGACAAAGGAGUGAGCAAAGGGUUUGGAUUUGUUUGCUUCUCCACCCCAGAGGAGGCCACUAAAGCUGUUUGUACUUUCCGUGGUGGGUGUGCUUAUAUGCUGUCUAUUCUAUUAAGUCUAUAUAUGAAUGGGUACUUCAGGAUUCUCGAGUCUGUAAGUGAUACUUCGAUGUGCACGGGGUUAGUUUUGCAUAGAAAGCCACUGUAUGUGGCAAUUGCUCAGAGGAAAGAGGAUAGACAAGCUCAGUUGCAGCUCAUUCAUGCACAACGCAUGGCAGGAUUAGGAGGUCGAUCAACUAUUUUUCCUGGUGGGUACUCCCAGUUUUACUACCAAGCUCCUGGUGUCGUCUCACAAUUUCCUCCACAAAGUGCUGUGAUGUAUCAGCCUAGGGGAAUCGGGCCCGGAUGGAUGGGCAAUGGUCUUUCGAAUAUUUCUAGACCCGGAGUUCAUCCAUCUCCAGGCACAUUGGCACCUAAUAAUCCAAGACUGCACAGACAGAACAGUGGAAGGUUGAAUGGCCAUGGUUUUCCUCUGGGUGUUGCUCUGCCAUAUGCAUCACAGUUGCAGCAGCCAGAAGAUUCAAGGAACCAUCAGCCUAAUGUAUUUGGUACUGGACUGGCUGCUGGGGGCUCACAGAUGUUGAGUAGCAUGCUUGCUGCAGCUUCUCCAGAUCAACAGAAGCAUAUACUUGGCGAUCGUCUUUAUCCUCUUGUUGCUCAUCAUCAGCCUGAUCUUGCGUCAAAAAUAACGGGAAUGAUUUUGGAGAUGGACAACUCCGAGCUGCUUCUGUUGUUGGAUUCACCGAAGGCACUAGCAGCCAAGGUGAAAGAGGGAGUAGAGGUGCUAAAAAAUUCCAAGUCUAAAGUCUCGAAUAUCCAAGACCCAAUUCCUUCGAAGUACGUUUCUACUCAAGUUACUGUUAGUUGA